AUGGCUCAAGGGAAUGAACAUCAAGGCCCAUCGGCCAUGCCGAAACAAUUCGUGCUCUGCUUCGAUGGCACGGGAAACAAAUUUGCCGGCGAUGAGUCGGAUAGUAAUGUGCUCAAGAUCUUUCGUAUGCUCGACCGCAGCAAAAGCCACCAGUACCACUACUAUCAACCCGGUAUUGGCACAUAUGUGACGUCGAAGUCACUGUCUAGUCAUGGCCGAAUCCAGCGCAUCAAGUCCGCGUAUCAAAAGGCCAAGGACUCGGCGGUCGGUUCCUCUUUUGACGAGCAUGUCAUGGGCGGGUACAAGUUCCUGAUGCGGUACUAUUCGCCCGGUGAUGAGAUCUUCUUUAUCGGCUUCAGUCGCGGCUCGUACAUCGCGCGAUUCCUGGCAGAGAUGUUGGACUAUAUCGGUCUGCUCGAAGCCGGAAAUGAGGAGCUCGUACGCUUUGCAUGGAAGACAUUUGCCAAGUGGCAGCAGCGCUCCGGUGACACGGAAGAAGACCGAGAAGAAAAGAAAAGGCUUUUCACAUAUAUGAAAGCUUUCCGUGAGACCUUCAGUCGUCCCAUCUCACGUAUCCGCUUCAUGGGUCUUUUCGACACUGUAAACAGUGUGCCGCGCUUUGAGUCCGCAUGGAUGCAGCGCACGAAAUUCCCUUACACAGCUCGGAGUUCAGCCAAGAUAAUUCGCCACGCUGUGGGAAUUGAUGAGCGCCGCGCAAAGUUCCGUCAAGAUCUUAUCUCUGGGCCGCGUCCAAACGAAAUGAAACACCACCGUCACCGCCACCAUUUGCCUAAGAAUCCUCUGGAGCACCACAUGGACCGUCAUCGCGAUGCCAAUCACCAUCUGCAUAUCUUCCAUCAGGACCAGAUAAAGCAGAAGCCUCAGGAGGAGCAACCAGACAACGUUGAUAACGUUGACAACGUCCCGUCCUUCCGUCUCAAUGAUGGACCGGAGGAAGAACCGCAGGGGGGUGAGACUUCGGCGCCAGAUUCCCAGGUUCCUGGAUGGGGACCCGGUACCGGAGAGACGUACUACCACAGUGGGCGACCAGCUUCGCGUCCGGGUUCACGUCAAGGCUCACGCUCUGGGAGCGAUGCCGGCUCAUUUCAGUCCCACAAAUACCGCGCGCCCUCUCCACGAAAAAGCCUCGCAGUGCCCGACCUGACAGGUGAUGGUGCGCGCUCAGUGAGCUCAGUAAAGAGCAAAGACUCAUUCCAGAGCAUCCACUCCAACACGCUCUCGGUGCAGGUCCCCGCCAUCGUAGACGCCGAGUCAAACGAGGACGAAGAAGAGCAAGAUAUCCACGAGGUCUGGUUCCCAGGGUGUCAUGCAGACAUCGGCGGCGGAUGGAAGCUCUCUGACGGCGAAUCGUGGGCUCUCAGUCACUCCCCACUUGUAUGGAUGACGCAGGAAGCACAAAAGGCUGGGCUGGAGCUGGAUGAGCGCAAAAUGAAGCAGUUCCAGUGUCUUGAGGAGUUCAGUGGCGACUACUCGCCCGUCCAGGCGGAGAUCGGCGCACAUCGGUCGAGUCGAUGUGUUGAGCCUCAUGCUAAUGACCCGGAUGCUUACCGCUCCAUGCCUGAGGACAAACAGCGCUCUGCUGCGAGUCGCGACUUCUGGCAUGCGCUGCACAUGUCCAGUACUAAGGGUCUGCUGCACGAUUGCUUGAUGUUCAACCAGGGUAUUCCUGCCAUGUCAGUUAUCACAUGGCGCAUCAUGGAGUGGCUGCCGUUCCGUCGUAUGGAUUUGCAACCUGAUGGGUCGUGGAAACCAAUCAGCUGGCCGCUGCCUCGUGGUGAGGUGCGGGAUAUUCCAGAGGAUGCCGAAAUUCACGUAUCCGCUAUCCGACGUAUGCAGGCAGAUCCCAAAUAUCGACCUGGCAAUCUGAUUGUCGGUGGCGGUGGUCGUGGUAUUCGAGUUGCGCCGCCGGAGUACGGUAUGGGCGAAUGGGUGGCGUUCAAGAAUGAAGGCGAUGCGGUGCGGGAGACUUACGUCCGCAAGGCUGUCUCUAAGUGCAAGGAGAACAAGGAGAGGACUAAAUCUUAG